AUGAGCCAACAGCAAGAAAUUAUAUUUGUCACCGGUAACGCCAACAAGCUGAAGGAAGUGCAGCAGAUACUGAAGGAUGCGCCAUGCACCCUGACCAACGUGGCCCUAGACCUGGACGAGCUGCAGGGGUCCAGUCUGGAGGCCGUUGCCACGGCCAAACUGAAACAGGCGGUGGUCCAAGCAGGUUCGGGCAAAGCCAUCUUUGUGGAAGACACUGCCCUGUCGUUCACCGCCUUCAACGGGCUACCUGGUGCGUACAUCAAGUGGUUCGUGCAGAGCAUGGGGCUUGCCAAGAUCGUGCAGAUGCUAGACGCCUUCGAGGACAAGUCCGCCCAAGCGAUCACCACAAUCGCGUACGCCGACGCAGAAGGCCAGACACACGUCUUCAAAGGCAUCACGGACGGAACCAUCGUUGCCAGCCGUGGCCCCACCGACUUCGGAUGGGACUCCAUCUUCGAGCCCUACGACAGCCACGGCAAGACCUACGCUGAGAUGGACAAGCCCAGCAAGAACAAGAUCUCCCACCGAGGCAAGGCCUUCGAGGCCUUCAAAUCUUUUUUACAGAACUAA